CUUCACUUCAGACCAUUGUCCAUUGGUCCAAGCAGAGCAACCCCACCCACCACAGCUUUGUUCUUCGGUUCUUCCAGUGGUGCACCGGUCGAUCUCUAUGGGGGAGCAGCAGCAGCACAAGAAGAGGCCACGGAACGCGGAGGGGAGCGGCGGCAAGAAGUCCAGCGUCCUGGCGCUAUCCUACAGUCCGGUGGCUACCGUGGCACCAUCGGCACCGGCGGCGCCCAGCCCCGUUGCUAUGGCAAAGCCAGCCCCCACGGUGGCCGUGACCAGUCCUCUGGCCGUCAUGCCGCCGGCACCGGCCGCCCCCGGUCCAGCGGCCAUGGUGGAGGGAGACAUGACUACGCCAGCCGCCACGGUCGUGGUGACCAGUCCAGUGGCCGCCAUGCCGCCGUCGCCGGCCGCCCCCAGUUCAGCUGCCAUGGUGGUGGAUCUGGAGCCGACCGGUCCAGUGGCUACUGUGAAGCCAGUCCGCGUGGUGAAGCCGGAAGACGAAGUGGCCGAACAAGAAGAUGCGGCAAUGGCAGCCGGGGCGACGGAAGAUGUGGAGCUCGCCAUCUUGGCCUUGCCCAAGAAGUCGUUUCACUGCGCCGCCUGUCUUUGCCCCCUCAAGCCUCCAGUAUUCAGGUGCGAGAACGAGCAUUUCGUGUGCCAGGCCUGCGGCGGCAACAGUGUCGACGGCGGCGGCGCGAACAAGCACUGCGGUCCAUGCGGGCGCGAGGUAUCCUACACCCGCUCCCGCUUCAUGGACGGCGUGGUCGACGCCUACAAGGUGCCGUGCCUCUACAAGGGACACGGCUGCGCCAUGGACGACAUCCCCUACCACUCAGCCGCCGACCACAAGGCCAGCUGCAAGCACGCGCCCUGCUACUGCUUCGACUGCCGCUUCGUGGGCUCGCCGGCCAAGCUCGUGCGCCACCUCGCGUCGCCGUCCGGCGCGCACGCGUGGCCCGUGGAGAAGAUCAAGUACGAGGUGCCCCACCCGUUCGUCGUGCCGGCGUCGGAGGAGGAGGACCAGCGCCGCCUGCUGGUCGCGGAGGACGGCCGCGUGUUCCUCCUGGCCGUGGGCGCCGGCAGGGACCCGGGCGGCCGCCGCGCCGUCACCGUCGUGUGUGUCAGGGGCAACGCCGACGCGGACGCGGACGCCAAGCCUCUGUACACGGGCGUGCUCUGGGUGGACGGCCCUCCGGCGCCCCCGCGCCAGCCGCUGGGGUGCAGCUUCAGGCUGAAGGCGACGGUGGCGAGCUGCUCCGUCCCCGGCGUCGUGGACAUGGACCAGGGCUGGCUCCACGCCCAUGUCAGCCCCAACAUGCUGCACGGCCACGGAGGAGAGUCCGGCGACUGCGAGCUUCAUCUGCGCCUUUGUCUCACUAAGCUAGCGUGAAUUAGCCCCGCCUCGCUGGCUAACCUAGCUAGCUAAUCAUGAUCGACUUUGCUACUGUUUUCGUCCUAGAUGCACAUGAACCCCACCCCAGUACUAGUAGUAUGAUUUUAUGAUGGAAAACCUCGGUAUGGAUGGAUUUGUAGGGUGCUCCUUCACCCGUUAAUGACUCGCUAAUUUGCAGAUGAUUUGCACUUCUUUGUGUGGUGGAGCAGGGUUUUGGUUUUUGAAAUGAAAAAAA